CAAAUGUAGUCGGACCUGUAAACUUGGAAUCCACCAUCUAAUCUCGCACAAACCAGACCCAUCCCUUAACGAAUCACACCUCCAGAUCCACCCUACAAACAACUCCACACCCCAUUAACACACCACAAGCAACAACCAAACCACUUCACCAAACCCCCCUCCCCCCAAACCCAACAAUGACAACCCCAACCCCCCCAACACCACCCUUCCACCCUAUCCCCAACAUCCACAACCUCCGCGACCCAUCCCUCUACCCCCUCAGCACACCCACCGGCCCCAUCCGGCCCGCAAUCCUCUUCCGCUCAGCCGACGUCUCGCGCCUGACAGCCCCAGAUUGGAUCUCCCUCCACGCCCUAGGAAUAUCCCACGUGUUCGACCUGCGCAGCAAGCCCGAAGUGGAGCGCGGGUGGACGUCUGGCCUCGGGGAUGGCGGGGCGAAAAACAACGACGGAGGGGAAGGGGAAGGGGGUGGAGAUAGAAAUAGGGAUAGAAAUAGAAACGGAAUGGCCCACGCAAACAUAUCCCACACCUGGACGCCCGUCUUCAGCGCAACAGACUACUCGCCCGCACGCCUCGCGUCCCGGUAUGUGAAAUACAUGGACGCCUCUCCGCGCGGGUUCGUAGACGCGUAUCGCGACAUCCUGCGCAACGGGGGCGCCGCGUAUAGGACUAUACUGCUUUUUCUCGCAAGCGGGGGCCAGGGCGCACUGGUGCAUUGCACGGCGGGCAAAGACCGCACGGGCAUAUUUUUCGGGGUGUUGUUUGAUUUCCUGGGCGUGCCGAGGGGGGAUAUAGCGGGGGAGUAUGAGUUGACUGAGAUAGGGCUGAGGGGGGUGAGGGACGAGGUUGUGGGGCGGGUUAUGCGGUCGGAGGGGUUGAGGGCAUAUAUGGUCUCGCUGAUGGAGGGGGGGGCUGUGCGGGCGGCGGAGGGGCGGGAAGAGGUGCACAUCCCGCCUGAAAUUCAGGAGAAGGGCAGGCUGGCGGCGUUGAGGAUGAUUGGCGCGCGCAGGGAGAGUAUGCUUGGGGCGCUGGAGAUGGUGGAUCGGGAGUGGGGGGGUUCUGAGGCGUAUUUUAGGAGGGAGUGUGGGUUGGGGGAGGGCGAGCUGGAGGCGUUGAGGAGGAAUUUGGUGGUGGUGCGGGGGUGAGUGAGUGGUUAUGGAAGGGAGUUGUUUUGAUAUUGGAAGAGAUGUUGGACUGUUUUAUGACAUCGCCUCGUCUCUAUAGGGGAGGGGGUUCGCAGCAUCGAUGCUGAAGAAAGAAUUACUCUGCGUUCAAAACGCAGACAGCAAAAUCAACACUCAACUUGAUGG